GCGGUGGUGUGAGCCCGGCGGAGGACUCUGGGAAGCAGCUCACACACCGAACAGAGUCCGCGGCAGGAAGAGGCUCCAUGAGGAGGCUCGGUCUCGCUCUGCUGUCCUGCGCCGUCGCCGUCCUGGUUCACCUGUGGGUGGCUCACCGACCCUCCUCCACCCCGCUGGACAACAACACACACUCGGAUGUGGCGUUCCCUUUCUUUGAAGUUCUGGUGGGAGUGCUGUCAGCGAGACAUCAUCAUGAACUGCGCCGAGCCAUAAGAGAUACCUGGCUGGGUUACCUGCGAGACCACGCCCACUUUCAGCACAGGGUGGGGGUGAAGUUCAUCGUGGGGAAUCAUGGGUGUGCGAUCCCCGAGGAGGACCGAGAGGAUUCGUACUCCUGCUCUCUCCUCAACUUCAGCGAGCCAGCAGGGCGCCAUGCAGAGACGGAGAUCGUGACGGUGUCUGACCCCUCGCUGCUCGCCCCCUCCGACGUGUCCGCCAUCGCCCUGGACUUCAAGGUGCUCCACCCGAUGGUCAUCACACGGCUCGGCGUGUUUCCCAGCGGGACGCGGCCCGAGCUUCAGAACAACGUGACAGUGAAGCUUCUGCAGCUGGACCAGGAGGAGGCCGUGGUCACCGCUCGUUUCAGCGCCAUCAGCACGGGCACGCUGGUGAAAGGCGUUUGGUACAAACCUGUGGAGCAGUUCAUCCUGCCCAAGGGUUUUGAAGGGACCCUGGUCUGGGAGAAUCUGGACUCUGCAGGUCUGAGCACGCUGACCUCGCCGUCUGUGCAGCUGAACGACGGCGGUGGUGUCCUGAAGAUCUCCUCGAUCGCUGACGGUCUGUUACCUCAUCGCAGCGCCAGAGGAUUCCCGGGUCUCGCUGGAGGAUUCACCUUCACGGUCUACGAUGAAGACGGGUUGUCAGCGCUCCUGCGAGGUCGCCCGGGCCGGAUGGAGCGACACGCCUCCAUGCUGAGGCGGGAGGACGCCGCCCUGCAGGAGGAGAGCGAGCGGCACGGUGACAUGGUGUUUGUAGACGUGGUCGACACCUACAGGAACGUUCCUACCAAACUGCUGCAGUUCUAUAAAUGGUCUGUGGGAAACGCCGACUUUAACCUGCUGCUGAAGACGGACGAUGAUUGUUACAUCGACGUGGACUCGGUGUUGAUGAAGAUCGACCACAAACGUCUCAGACGCAGAAACUUCUGGUGGGGGAAUUUCAGGCAGAGCUGGGCCGUGGACCGCAUUGGGAAGUGGCAGGAGCUGGAGUACCCGAGUCCGGCGUACCCGGCGUUCGCGUGCGGCUCCGGCUACGUGGUCUCUCGAGACCUGGUCGAGUGGCUCGCCAGCAACGCAGAUCAGCUGAAGGCGUACCAGGGAGAAGACGUCAGCAUGGGGAUCUGGAUGGCCGCCGUCGGACCGCAGAAAUAUCAGGACUCAGCCUGGCUCUGUGAGAAGGAGUGUUAUUUGGACAUGUUGUCGUCCCCCCAGCACUCGGCUGAGGAGCUGCAGCUCCUCUGGGACCGGAGGGGGGUCUGUGGUGACCCCUGUGGCUGUCACUGAAUCAGUCAGCAGGGGGUGCACUCACCACUCGUCUGUUUGUUCGGGGGGUUCAGACUGCUCUCCGUUAUUGUUCAGGGAUCUUUGAAACGUUUUGAAAGUUUAAAGAUUGUUUUUAACUGAAACUUCACAGAAAGUAUCAGAGAAUAAAACUUCAGCUUCACAA